UCUCGUGAUAACGUCGACAUCGUUUUCUGCCGCGAUUUCGACUAGCAGCGAGUAGUAGUGCGUCGUUGACCAUCGUGGCGACCGCUCCACCUCGCUACCGAGGUCUAUGCUCGAAUCCAAUCCUCUUCUCGACUUCCUUCUUUCGUUCUUCUCUCUUCUUUUCUCAUCUCGAGAUCCCUCCGUAGCGAGAGCAGGAAAAAGCUAAAAGAAUUUCAUCCAGGAUCUUCUCUCUUCGCCUCCCGAUAGAAUUUCCAUCCCAAGAUACCAAUCUCUCGAUCGAUAAUUAAAUCCACGCUUCUCCUUCAUUCUUGCCUAUCUCGCUCUCUUCCCGUCCCUCCUCCCCCGCCGCCAGUUCUCUCCUUCGUCGAGAAAAGGACGCACGAGUAGUGAUCGCGUGACGUUCGUUCGAUUAGGAAAUCGUAAUAGUGUCGUGCUUGUGCGAAACGUAAGCAAGGAGGAAGGAAGUUCAAGAGGCAGCCAUGUACGCGAGGUUGUUACUAUUGAGAUCCAGUAAACUUGGAUGUUUUCCAAGGAGAUUGGCUUCGUCCUCCUCGGGGCCGAGGGUACCCGAACAAGUAAGUAGAGUGGACUCACGUAGAGAAUUGCAGACGACAGAAGGGCCUCGAAAGGCAACGAUGUUCAACGACCGCAGCCAGUUGAAUUACACCAGACGUUUGGUGGUGAAAUUGGGCAGCGCCGUUAUCACGAGGGAGGACGAACACGGACUGGCACUGGGUCGGUUGGCGUCCAUAGUCGAACAGGUAGCCGAGUGCCAAAACGGAGGUCGUGAAUGUAUUAUGGUAACUAGCGGAGCGGUCGCAUUCGGCAAACAGAAACUCGCCCAGGAACUGUUGAUGUCCUUAUCAAUGAGGGAAACGCUGAGUCCUGGCGGCCACAUGAGAAAACGCUCGGGCACUCCUUUGGAACCUAGAGCAGCAGCCGCGGUGGGUCAAUCGGGUCUGAUGUCGCUGUACGACGCCAUGUUCGCCCAAUACGGUGUGAAACUGGCCCAAGUAUUGGUCACCAAACCGGAUUUCUACAACGAGGAGACCCGUAAUAACUUGUUCAGCACCCUGAGCGAAUUGCUCAGCUUGAACAUAGUCCCCAUAAUCAAUACCAACGACGCGGUAUCACCUCCGCCACACGUUGACGAGGAAGUGGCUGGAAGCGGUGGAAGAAGAGGAAUUUCCAUCAAGGACAACGAUUCUUUGGCCGCCAUGUUGGCCGCCGAGAUUCAAGCGGACUUGUUAAUCUUGAUGAGCGAUGUAGAUGGCAUUUACAAUCUGCCUCCUUGGCAAGAUGGCGCCAAAAUGCUGCAUACGUUUAGCAUGGAUCUUAGAGACACGAUUAAAUUUGGGCAAAAAUCGAAGGUCGGUACCGGUGGCAUGGAUGCGAAAGUUAAUGCAGCACUUUGGGCUCUUGAUCGAGGUGUCUCCGUAGUAAUUUGCAAUGGAACUCAAGAAAAAGCUAUAAAGAAUAUUUUAUCUGGGAGAAAAAUAGGUACUUUCUUCACACAGACGACCGAAAUUUCCACACCUGUAGAGGUUGUCGCUGAAGAAGCUCGAACUGGAAGCCGAACACUGCAAGCUCUUCGACCAGAGGAACGAGCAAGCUGUAUCAACGCGUUAGCUGAUCUCCUCGAAUCACGGCAAAGAAUAUUGGAGGCUAACAGAAAGGAUCUUGAGGCUGCGGAGAAAACUGGUCUGGCGAAAGCUUUACUUUCUCGUCUCUCGUUAACACCCGCCAAACUGAAGUCUUUGAGCUCUGGUUUGCGACAAAUUGCCAAUGAUUCCUUAACGAAUGUGGGUCGCGUGCUUAGAAGGACAAAACUGGCCGAGGGUCUGGAAUUGAGACAGAUAACUGUACCCAUCGGUGUAUUGUUGGUGAUUUUUGAAUCACGGCCCGACAGUUUACCUCAGGUAGCGGCAUUAGCGAUGUCCAGCGCUAAUGGCCUCCUUUUGAAAGGAGGCAAAGAAGCGACUAACAGCAAUAAAUAUUUAAUGGAGUUGGUAAAGGAGGCACUGGGCCCGGUUGGUGCUGCCAACGCGAUAUCUUUAAUUUCGACCAGGGAGGACGUCGGUGAUUUAUUAUCGAUGGGAAAACACAUAGAUCUCGUAAUUCCUCGAGGUAGCUCAGAUCUUGUUCGUAGCAUUCAGGAACAAUCGAAACACAUUCCCGUAUUGGGACACGCGGAAGGUAUCUGUCACGUGUAUGUGGAUAGAGAUGCGGAUCUUGUUAAAGCUCUAAAGAUCAUCAGAGACUCGAAAUGCGAUUACCCUGCUGCUUGCAACGCUAUGGAGACAUUGCUUAUUCACGAAAGUCAUAUGAAAAAUAGCUUUUUCAACGAUGUGUGCAGUAUGCUGCAAAAGGAAGGAGUAAAAGUUAAUUCCGGGCCGAAACUAAGGAAACAAUUGACAUUCGGACCACCAGCUGCGAAAAGUAUGAAGACCGAGUACGGCGCACUUGAGUGUGCAAUCGAGGUCGUAUCAGAUAUCGAGGAUGCAAUAAAUCAUAUUCACAAAUAUGGCAGUGGACAUACGGAUUGCAUUGUUACCGAGAAUAAAGAAAGAGCCACCCAUUUCCAGAGAGAAGUGGACAGUGCGUGCGUUUUCCACAAUGCCAGUACUCGAUUCUCCGAUGGUUAUAGAUUUGGUCUUGGUGCCGAGGUUGGAAUUUCCACUGCACGAAUUCACGCACGCGGUCCAGUGGGAGUGGAUGGAUUGUUGACUACAAAAUGGGUAUUGCAAGGUAAUGGACAUGCAGCUGCAGAUUUUGGAGAGGGUGGUGAGGUUUGGCUCCAUCAAUCUUUACCUCUCAAUGAAUCUGAAUGAAUUAAGUCGAAACAAUCUAUAGAUAUCGGAAUCUUCGCUUUCGUGAUUCGGAAGAUUUUACGUCGAGAAGAAUCAUCAAAAAAAAAUCGUUCUAUUUUCGAUUGGAUCGCAAAACGAUUGAGAUUAUAGCUUACAAAUAUUUUGUUUGUUAACUUUUAAUUAUUCAUCGUUCAAAUGUUUAGAUAUAAUUAGAAAUUUAAUUAAACAGAAAUGUGUAAGAUUCCACAAAAAAUAAUGACAUCUAUCUUUCGCAAAGAUCCUUUAGUUCGAUAAAAAAAUCACACACAUGCACAUAAAUCAUUGUUAGUUUAAUAAUGUUGUUAAAUUAAUUGAAACGAAUAAAAAUACGUCAAUUAUUUGUAGAAUAUAUUACAUUUAUUAUGUGAUUCUAGUUUUGUUUAUAGAGUAUUACUUGAAAAGGUACUGCCAGAAAUGAAAUUUUAGAAAAAUAUGUUCUACCAUUCGUCAAAACAUAAUUCUUUCCUAUUUUUUAAUAAACCAAAGAAUGUUAAAACUUCAAGAUAAAUAAAAACAAACUAAUAU